AUGGCGAAAUCACUGCGGGCCAGCUCAAGGAAGGCCAACAACCAGAGGCUGAAGCGCAAUGUCUUUGGUCCUGUCGAAGCUGCUCGCAAUGAGCGACUCUCCGCGAAAUUGAUGGAAAUUGCAACCCAACCCAAGGAGGCCAAGAUGGAGGAUGCUGCUCCAGAAUCCGAUGAGAACGCUCAGGCAGAGGACGCUGCAGAAGACGCAACCGCUACUGUUAUGGAGGUGGAUUCUGGCUCAGCCCCCAAGGCUGCUUCAUCCAAGAAGAAGAGGGUUGAGAAGAAGCGAGGCAAGAAAUCCAAGUCUGCCAUAGUGUUUUCUAGCUACAAAGACAGGAUUGCCAAGAAGAAGAGGUGA